AUAGCACAGUGUAUUGACAUCCAAUGUGACGCUGAUUUCUUGCCAUUUUGAAACUUGGAAGUUACAAGUUGAAGCCGGGUUAGACAGAGAGUAUGAAUUAAAGGAUUUUGCGGCUCUCUUCCGCAAAGGGCUGUGCGUGAAGUUGCAAGUAAAAGAUAAAGACCACACCGAACACCAUUUUCAGAUAUUGCAGAUCGUUCUUAACAUGGUCUAUACACUCUACAUGCCUACCCUCAAAUAGAAUCCUCUUUGGGAACUAUAUAUUCAUGCUCUUCACAAGAUACAGGAGAAAGGUACUUGGCGUGUCAAAUUGAAACUGUUCAAAUUCCAACCCCGCUAAGGGAGACAAAAUGAAAGCAAGAAGUUAAAAGAAAAACGAAAAUCUGUAAAAAUAACCCACACCAUCACCGCUCUGAUAUUCUUGCAUGUCUCUUUUUAUAGGAAAAAAAAAAAAAACUCUUCUUUAUCGUUUGGUAUUUGUUUUGGCUUUUGGGUUUUUGUCGCUGUGUGUGUUUGUGUUGUUUCACUGAUUCAUUUUCUCGCUUCCUUUCUCUUUUCUUGCUUCGUUCUCUGCUUCUGCUGCAGAGCUGCUUUGGAAUAGUAUUGUACUAGUCGAGUUCUUUUUUGCAGAGAUGGAUACCUUGGUUUUCUGCUUGCUCAGGAAUCGAGGUUGAGGUCCUUCCCUUUUCUGUGAGGUCCUCCACGUUUCUUUUCUAUCUUCUAGCCUGGCUGCAAUACUCUUUUUGCGUUACACGUUCAAUCCUUCAGACACAGAGCGAGAGAGAGACAGAAAGAGAGGGAGGUUUAAGAACUGAGUCAUCUUUUUGCAUUGUGGAGGUGGCAAUCAAAGGCUGAACCUUUCAUGGUACACUUUUCAGGAUUCAGAUUCAGUUCCAUUUUUCCAGUGCCAGAAGCCCAGAACUCAUUCAAUUUUAAUCUUUUUAUAUUAAUUUCUCUAUCUUAAUAUCUCCAUCUCCUAAUUCUGAAGGCUCUGCUCUCAAACGACAUCCUCUCUCUCUCUCUCUCUCUCUCUCUCUCUCUCUCUCUCUCUCAGGAAAUGGGCAGUGCUCAAUUUUGCUACUGUUCCAACAGAAAUAGACACCUAAUCAUUCCCUUCCUGUUUCUCUUGCUUUUAAGCUCCAUCCUUCUGAGUUUUGUAGCUGAAGGACGAACAACCACCAAGCUACUAGACGCUGCACAGAGAGAAGGAGAAGAUGAGAAGGCGCUGGUGAUGAGAACUCAGGUAAUUGGGUCAACACCACCCAGGUGUGAGAGAAGGUGCAGCUCUUGCGGGCACUGCGAGGCAGUGCUCCCAGUAACAACACAAGUCCAUAGCCACAGCAGAAGUCAUUUAUCUACUGCUGCGAUUUCCAAUAUCGCAUACUCUAGAGGUGAUGAUGUCUCCAAUUACAAGCCCAUGAGCUGGAAGUGCAAGUGUGACAACCUGAUCUUCAAUCCUUGAUUGAAGGGAAAAUAUUUGUAUUCUGGUCAAAGAAUCACCUUUUUGAAAUGGGGAUAUGUGAAUUAAUUUUAUAGUUCCUCGCCUUGACCCUCUUACAGCUAUAGAUUAAAAUAUCCUUUGCAGAGAGUUUCCGUUUUUUUUAAUCUGUUUCUUGUUUUGUUUACUUUUGCCAUGCCUGAAAUAAAUUUUUUCUUCUUAUAAAUCCUUUAUCUUUCUUGUGCAAAUUCUAUAUCCCUGUAAUGUUCUAAGGUUCUUUAUUCACGAAGCUUGAUCCGACCA